AUGCCUGGUUUCGCCGAUUCGUUCUGGACGCCCGACUAUGCCACCGGUCUGGGCGUCCUCUACGGGAAGCUCCAGCAGGGCAUUGCAGAGAAUCAGCAGAUUCUCACCAUUGCCAGUAUGCGAGCGGAUGCCGAAGAAGCUUACGCCACAAAAAUUGGGGAAAUCGCACCGGCUGUCGAUCGGAUUACAAACGGUUUCACUAAGGAUGAAGGAGCAAGUGUCAGAAAGGCCUAUGACGGUAUCCGCGCCCAGAUGAUCGAGGCAUCCAAAAACCACCACAAGAUCGCGUCCAACAUCCGGGAACUCGUCGUGACGCCAUUCAGUCGCUGGUGCGAGCAGCAUGCGGCUCGGGUCCAAAAUUCACACGAUGAAUUGCAGGCGCGGAUCAAGGAACAUGCGAAGCAGGCGGAGUUGGUCAAAAAAUUGCGCAGUCAAUACUUCAACAAGUGUCGCGUGGUGGAAGACCUCGAGGAGGAGAACAAGCUGGCCUUUCAGAGUCCAGAGACCUCAAGUCCCAGGAAUAAGCCGACUCCACCAAAGAUCGUUCUGCCAGAGACGGUAGAGGAGGAACCAGAGCUCGUUGAGCUGGGUGAUAAGACCUACUCUCGCGAGGAGUUGAAGCAGCUCCUCACCCACAUGCUAGAGAAUAUCAAGAUGGGAGAGGCCAAAGUGCCGAUAUUGGGCACCUACCAAAACACCUCUACAGGCGCGGAUAUUGUUGAGUAUCUGCAGAAACAUCUGAACGCCUCGAGUGUCAGUUACGCGGAGAGGAUAGGUCAGGAUUUGGUCGACAAUGGGUUCCUGCGCCUAGUUGGCAAUAUGGGCAGCACUUUUGCAAAUAGUUCUCGCAUGAACUAUCAGUGGAGGUCAAAGGCCUUUCAGAUUACUGGCAUUCCCGAAAAGAAAAAGCCGCUCAUGCGAGUGUCGUCAUUGGCCACCAGUGACGAUUCCUCCGAUUCUCCUACCAUCUCGGCAGUCUCUGAAAUGCUGGCUGGUUGGAAUCCGUUGAGCAACCCGUAUCCGAACGAGACUCCUACCGAGAAACUCCACCGGGAAGCUCGUGAAGCUGACGAGCGUUACAAAGCUGCCGUGAAGAAGCUGGAUCAGCUCAGAUGCAAGCUUGAGGAAGAAAUCAUCGACCAUCUUCGCUUCAUGGAAAGAUGUGAAUUGGAUCGCCUCAGAGCGAUCAAGUCCGUUGUUCUUGACUUCUCCGGCGCUAUCAGCAAUGUCAUCCCUGGCUUGCAGAGCACUAUCGACCACAUGAUGUUGUAUCAGGAGACCAUCCAGCCGUUGGGCGAUUUAAGAUACAUGCUGGAGAACUAUCGGACUGGAGGUUUCGUGCCAAAGGUGCAAGCGUAUGAGAAUUACUAUGGCUCUGUCGGAGACCAGACGUUUGGAGUGGAUCUGGAGGCUAGGGCAAGGGCUGACCGGAAACGUGUUCCCAUUCUUGUGACCAAUAUUUUGACCUUUCUGGAUGACCACUAUCCCGACCUCGAGGGCGAUGAGGCACGACGCGCGAUAUGGCUCCACGAUGUUCCCCUCGCAGCAACGCAUCAUCUCCGUAAUGCCUUGAACAACAGCAACGUUGACCACCGUGAAAUAUUAGAGAAAUAUGAGAUACCCGUUGUUGCAAGCGUUCUGAAGUUAUAUCUCCUUGAAUUGCCAGACUCCCUUGUUUCUUCUCAAGUUUACGAAAUUAUCAAGACGAUUUAUUCUACUACUGCCAAUGAGACGACGGAAGAAGGACGGAUCAAGGUCUUGCAAAGCACUCUCGGCCAGCUCCGUCUCAAUAACAUUGCUACGCUUGAUGCCAUCAUGACCCAUUUCACGCGUUUGAUUGACUUGACGUCGGCUGAUGAAGCAUAUGUUUCUGCACUGGCUCAAACAUUGGCUCCUUGCAUUCUUCGCCCGCGUGUUGAAAGCAGCCUCACGAUGAACGAGCGCCACAGCUACCGUCUGAUUCGGGAUCUCUUUGCCCACAAAGAUGCUAUUUUCGGCGAGCUCAAGCGUCAGUCUACUGCCAAUGCUCUCGGCCAAUCUCGUCCACGAGCGAUCAGUACUGAUGAGAGCAACCGUCGUGCUGCCAUGGAGGCUCGAAACCGCGCGAUCGCGAGUCGUAGCCGGGCCAAUAGUCCCGCACCAUCGGCUAGGCAUCGACGAGAGCGGUCCACUGAUGGAUCGGGGGGAUCGACCCGCUUCCCGAUCAACGUCAGCAGUCCGCCGGGAGGCCGACACCCUGCUAGACAGAGCCUUGAAGUUCCAGGAAGCGCCACCUCCUCACCUCCUGCUGACCACUCUACUCUCGCCAAGUCGCAGGAAAACGCUGCUGCCAAUAGCACGGCCGCCGACGGUGUCACCACCUCUACUGACGCAGGAGCGCCCGCUAAUGGCUCAGACGGUUCACCCACUCCGACUGCCACGCCCGCACCAGCUCCUGCGGAGGUGGUAGAGAAACGAAAUUCGCUCACUCGCUCGGGUGGACGGUAUUCGCGCAAACCAGGCAUGAGCAGCAUCAGCCGGACUACGGCAAACGCGAGCAUAGACAGCACCAAAAGGAACAGCCUCCCUCCUGAAGGCGAGCUGAAAGGUGUGACGCUGGAGGACAAGCCGAUGAAUGAUUUCUCCUAG